CCCCUCCCCAUAAGCACAACCAGGAAAAAUACCACCGUCUCCCUCUCUCCCUCCCUUCGUCUCUCCUCUUCCCCUCUCUCUCUCCUGAAAUCUGAUUCGCACUCAGACUCUUUUAGUUCGUUACACUCGUUUCUCUUUCGUAUUUUGGAUUUACGAUCUUCAAAAUUUCAACUUUGUAUCAAUAGCAAUAUCAGUUUAUGGUGGUUCAAUCUACUCUUCGUGCCUCUCAAUCUUCGCGUGUACUCUAACCAUAACAUUCGUCGACAUUGCACAAAUCUCGAGAUUGAUGGCCUUCUUGUCUUCCUCGAAACCCUAAAGCAGUCUCAGUUAGGAGUCCGAUGAUCUGACUAUUGUAUGAUCAAAUUUUUUUUCUCAAACUCCUUAAGUAGUCCCUCUUUAGGGUUUCGAUUCUAAUUUCUAUUGUUCUUUUGUAUCUAAAAUUGUUGUUCUUUUCCUAAUUUAACAUCCCGUUAACUUUCUAAUUCAAUUUUCUUAUUUGACUUUUUAAAAUUUCUUGUAUUUUGUAAUAAAAGUGCUCAUCUUGAAUGUUGUUUUAGGGUUCUACUUUUGUAACGAUUUUCUAUAAAUACGCUAUUUUUGUUUUUCUUUCAAGGCUUAUAGUAGCAGUGCUGACCAUUUGUAAAAUAAAAUAAUAAUAAUAAUACUCAUAUGCAUAUAUAUGUAAUAUGUGGUGUUCUAUAAGUUUCUAUUUGCUACAAAUUUGACUUCAGUUUGUGAAAAUUAUUUUCUGGGCAACUGGGAAGAAAAGUUUAUAACUCUCUCUUUUUUUCACUCUAAAGAUAUAAAGUAUAGUUCUAUUUAUUUAUUUAUUUUUGGGGCGCAAAUAAUAGAGUUGUCAUAGUGUAAGCAAGCAGUGGGCUAGUUAGGGGAUAGCCGUGCAUGGGCGAACAUGAGAGCUGGGCACAGCCAAGUGGCCUAUUGCCAAACGGCCUUUUGCCCAAUGCAGGUCCAGUAAUCCGAGUCCUUGACUCGGAGAGAUGGUUAAAGGCCGAGGAGAGAACCGCAGAGCUUAUUGUCUGCAUUCAGCCCAACCCACCAUCGGAAGAGCGCAGAAAGGCAGUUGCCCAUUAUGUGCAACAACUCGUCAUGAAGUGCUUCCCUUGCCAGGUCUUUACUUUUGGGUCUGUACCCCUUAAAACUUAUUUACCUGAUGGAGACAUUGACUUAUCAGCGUUUAGUAACAAUCAAAGUCUGAAGGAAACAUGGGCUAAUCAGGUUCGUGAUAUGCUGGAGAAUGAGGAGAAGAACGAGAAUGCUGAAUUUCAUGUAAAGGAGGUUCAGUACAUUCAAGCAGAAGUGAAGAUAAUAAAGUGUCUAGUCGAAAACAUCGUGGUAGACAUAUCUUUUAACCAGCUUGGUGGGUUAUGCACCCUUUGCUUCCUUGAGGAGGUUGAUCACUUGAUAAAUCAGAAUCAUUUAUUCAAGCGUAGCAUUAUAUUGAUUAAGGCAUGGUGUUAUUAUGAGAGCCGGAUACUGGGUGCUCACCAUGGACUUAUCUCAACCUAUGCGCUGGAGACUUUGGUUCUUUACAUAUUUCAUGUUUAUAACAAUUCCUUCUCUGGACCACUUGAGGUCCUUUACCGUUUUCUGGAAUUUUUUAGUAACUUUGACUGGGACAAUUUUUGUGUUAGCCUGUGGGGUCCUGUAACUAUUAGUUCUCUUCCAGAUGUAACAGCGGAACCUCCCCGAAAGGACAGCGGAGAAUUGCUGCUUAGCAAAGUGUUUCUUGAUGCUUGUAGCUCUGUAUAUGCUGUUUUUCCUGGUGGACAAGAAAAUCAGGGACAACCUUUUGUAUCCAAACAUUUUAAUGUUAUUGAUCCUUUACGAGUAAACAACAAUCUUGGACGUAGUGUCAGUAAAGGAAACUUUUUUAGGAUACGCAGUGCGUUCACUUUUGGGGCUAAAAGGCUGGCAAGAUUACUUGAUUGCCCCAAAGAAAACCUAGUUUUUGAAAUAAAUCAAUUCUUUUUGAAUACAUGGGAUAGGCAUGGCAGUGGCCAUAGGCCUGAUGCACCGAGUACCGAUUUGUGGCGCUUGAGAUUGUCAACUCCAGAUCAUCUACGAGGGUCUGAGAUCCUCAAGAACAAUUCAAGUGGCAAAAAAUUGAGCAGCAGUUCCUCUGGUCGUGAGACUGAGGUUGAGGGACCUCAUUCACAUGGUGUUUCCUCCCAACAUGGUAGUUAUCCCUCCGAAAGCAUGUCUAGGAACAGUGAUGUUUCUGCGGCUUCUCGCGCUCAAAGUCAAAAGAAUUAUGCCAACCUAAACAGCUCAAGGAUCUCUGAUCAGAUUGUCCGGGGAGUUAAUUCUAAUCAGGUUGCACAUACUGACAAUAGUCAAAGAAAUAUUAAAUCUGAUCACUUGGUGAACGACGUUCAGGGAAGGUUUCUUUUUGCAAGAACACGCUCUAGUCCUGAGCUAACUGACACAUAUAGUGAUGUUUCUUCUCGGGGAAGGCACAACAGAGCACCAGAUAGUGGGAAGAAUCAGGCUAUUUCAGCAAGACUGGAUGGUAGCAGGCAGAAGAACCUUGGUGCUGAAAAUUUAGCAAGCCAUGGUGGCCGAUCUUCAACUGAUGAUUUUUCAUCUGUCCACCAUUUUUCAUCUCAUCAAACUCUCGAAACUGCUGCUGACUCGAACAGUGCUUCAAAUAAUUAUCACCAUGACUCUGGUUUAGGUUCCAUGGGUGAAGAACUUUCUUCUGUCAUUGGGACGCAAGGGAUGCAUCAGGAGGAGCAAGACCUUGUGAACGUGAUGUCAUCUUCUGCAAUCCAUGGUUUUAAUGGACAGGUUCAUUUACCACUGAAUUUAGCUUCAGGUCACCUACCUUUUCCACUCUCACCAUCUGUUUUAGCUUCUAUGGGAUAUGCGCACAGAAAUUUAGCUGGAAUGGUUCCAACUAAUAUUCCCUUGAUUGAUCCUUCUUAUACAAAUAUGCAAUAUCCUCACAAUUUGGUUUCUCCACCGUUAAACCAUUACUUCCCAGGCAUUGGAUUGACCUCAAAUUUAGAAGAGUCAGUUGAUCCAGGUAAUGAAAAUUUUGGUUCUACGGAAAUGAACUUACGAGAGGCGGGGCAUGAUUUCUGGCAGGAGCAGGAUGUGGGCUCCACAGGAGGAUUUGACUCUGAUAAUGGAAAUUUUGAGAUGGUUCAGACCGAUGGUAAGCCACUGUCAACUUCAUCAGGUUUUAACGCUGUUCCUUCAUCUCGGGUAAGUGGCUCUGGCAGUUCAUUAAGAGUUCAACAGAAGUUCACCAAAGAAAGCCGAGGGUCAUUGCAGGAAGAUCAUCUACAUAAUUUCCAUUAUCAAGAUAACAGGGGAAAUGAUGGUUACUCUGAUGAAAGAACAGAAAGUUCAAGGUUCUCGCCUGCUGUUCACAGUAGUUCAUUAAGAAGUAAAACCUCUUCUGAAAAUUCCUGGGAUGGAUCGUCGGCAAAGGGCUCAAAAUCAAUUAGGGAAAAAAGGGGAAAGAAAACUCUUGCAGAGCCAUCUACUGUUUAUGGGAAAGGUAAAGGCAUGUCUGAACAUGCAUUUACUAGGGCAGAGGAGGACGAUGGGGAUUGGAAUCAGCCAUCAGACAUGGGUGCUGAAAUGGCAGAAAGAAUUUCAGGACCUCAAUCUGUUACUUCUUUGCAUGUCCCUAGGCAUCAGUUACCUGGUUAUGAACCAGCUCAGACAAGCGGAUCAGAUUCAGUGAUACCCAUUACUUCGAUGCUCUUAGGUCCUGGUUCUCGGCAAAGAGUGAUGGACAAUUCUGGGGUUGUUCCCUUUGCGUUUUAUCCUACAGGGCCACCAUUUCCAUUCCUUACAAUGCUUCCAGUGUAUAAUGUUCCACCUGAGACCGGAACUUCUGAGGCGUCAACAAGCCAUUUUGGUGGGGAUGAUGGCUUGGAUAACAGUGAUUCUGGUCAGAACUUCGAUUCAUGUGAGGAGUUAAGUACUUCUAAUUCUUUUAGAGGGGCUCCUUCUCUUGAGACAUCCGAUGAAUAUAAGUCUGAUAUUCUUAACGGUGACUUUCCUAGCCACUGGCAAAAUUUGCAAUUUGGGCGGUUCUGCCAAAACCCACGGUACCAUGAGCCUGUUGUUUAUCCCUCACCUGUCAUGGUACCACCUAUGUAUCUACAGGGUCGUAUCCCUUGGGACGGUCCUGGAAGACCUCUUUCAGCCAACAUGAACCUCUUCACUCAGUUUAUGAGUUGUGGUUCUCGUCUUGUUCCAGUUGCUCCUCUGCAAUCUGUUUCGAAUAGACCUCCCAAUGUUUAUCAACGGUAUACUGAUGAUACACCAAGAUACCGUAGUGGGACUGGAACUUACCUGCCAAACCCUAAGGUGUCUGUUAGGGACCGUCAUUCUUCAGGGAAUAGAAGGGGAAAUUACAAUCAUGACAGAAGUGAUAACCAUUCCGACAGAGAGGGGAACUGGAAUAUGACUUCAAAAUCACGAUCUGCCGGGCGUGGCCGCGAUCGCAGCCAAACUGAGAAGUCAAACUCAAGGCUGGACCGGUUGGCCUCCAGUGAGAACCGAGCCGAUAGGUCAUGGAGCUCAUACAGACAUGACUCAUUGCCUUCAUACCAGUCUCAGAACGGUCAGUUGCGCUCUAACUCCGGCCAGAAUGGUCCUCCCAGUGUGGCAUAUGGCAUGUAUCCUUUACCUGCCAUGAACCCCAAUGGAAUGUCAUCAAGUGGACCAGGUGUUCCACCAUUUGUCAUGGUGUACCCAUUUGACUAUAAUGCCAGUUACAGUUCACAGUCUGAACAACUUGAGUUUGGAUCUCUAGGCCCAGUGGGUUUCUCAGGUGCGAAUGAACAAACAAAUUUAAGUGAGGGAAGUCGAGCAAGGGGAGCAUUGGAGGAACAUAGGUAUCAUGGGGGCUCUGUACAACAUUCUUCCCCAGAUCAACCUUCUUCACCCCACCUUCAAAGGAGGGUUUGAUUAUUUUACCAGAUUGGCGCCCCAAAGGAAUUAUCAGUUGAAAGAUGAAGAUUUUCCACCUCUUGCAUUUCCGAACCAGGUAGAAAAUGAUGGUGGGAGAAAUUAUGAUGAGAAACGUCCCCAAUCCCAGGCUU